CACCCGACGAGUACAGCCUCUUCUUCGCCAGCUGCGCGCCGGAGACCAAGGUCACCAUGAAGGUCCGCACCGACAUGUACAACACCAACCUGGACGGCAGCAAGGAUUACCUCUCCGUCGGCAUGGCCUCCGUCCCGGCGAUCUACGCCUUCUUCGCCGCCUGCUACGUCGCCUUCCUGGCCGGCUGGCUCUACAUCACCCUCUACCGCAACCGCCUCUCUGCGCACCGCAUCCACCACCUCAUGUCCGGCCUGCUCGUCGCCCGUAUGCUCUACUGCAUCUCUGCGGCCGAGGACCAGCACUACAUCCGCACUGCCGGGACACCGCACGGGUGGGAUGUCAUGUUUUACCUGUUCCAGCUCGUGAAGGGUGUCAUCUUGUUCGCUGUGAUUGCGCUGAUUGGGACCGGGUGGUCGUUCCUGAAGCCAUUCCUGCAGGACAAGGAGAAGAAGGUGCUCAUGGCGGUAAUCCCGCUGCAGGUCGCAGCUAACAUUGCUGCUGCUGUGGUCGGUGAGACCGGGCCAUUCUUACAGGGAUGGGUGACAUGGAACCAGAUCUUCCUGUUUGUCGAUGUUGCUUGCUGCUGCGCUGUGCUCUUCCCAGUUGUGUGGUCGAUGCGCUCUCUGCGGGAGUCAUCCAAGACAGAUGGGAAGGCAGCCAGAACCCUUGCCAAGCUCACGCUCUUCCGCCAGUUCUAUGUCGUCGUGAUUGGAUACUUGUACUUCACCAGGAUCAUUGUCUAUGCCCUCAAGACAAUCACCAACUACAAGUACAGAUGGGUGAGUGUUGCGGCUGAGGAGGUGGCCACCGUGGCAUUCUACAUGUUCAUGUUCUACAUGUUCAGGCCAGCGGAGAGGAACCAGUACUUUGCUCUUGAUGACGAUGAGGAGGAAGCUGCAGAGAUGGCGCUCCGUGAGGAGGAGUUUGAGCUCUAGAUGACCACGGGGAAUGCCUAACGACAUGGGAACACAGCCAUCUCCCACUCGACUUCUCGAUGUGAUAUUGAUCAUACUAUACAGAUUCAGGGUUUAGCUAAUAUUUGUCUAUGUAUUAUGGUAUCAAUCUUGUUUCGCUCCUCCCUUUUAGCUUUUGAAGCUGCCGAUGAGACUUGUGAUAACCAGAUUUCUUAUGUUGCAAAGUAAGGGGGGAUUCAAUCACUGUUAUCAUUUUGCCAAGUCUCGGUUUCGGUC